AUGAUUGGACAUCACUCAACUGGCGCAGAUGACGGCCGCAUCAACAUCGACCUCAAUGCACGGCUCACCAAAGCUCUCGUCAAGCUGGUUCCCAAAGACGAGAAAAAGCCGCAAAUUCCCAGUCGUCGGUUCACAGUUGACAGAACAUGGACUAUCCGUCUCAACAUUGUGAUACAGGUCGUUGGCAGCCGGGGCGACGUGCAGCCCUUCAUCGCCCUCGGCCAAGAACUUCAAAAGUACGGCCAUCGUGUCCGACUGGCGACGCAUAACGUCUUCGAUAGCUUCGUCCGCGAAUCAAAUCUAGAAUUCUAUCCCAUCGGCGGCGACCCAAAAGAGCUCAUGGCUUACAUGGUCAAGAAUCCUGGGCUUAUCCCGUCGAUGAAGAGCCUACGUGAAGGCGAAGUCCAGCGCAAGCGGGUCAUGAUGUCUGAACUUCUCGACGGGUGCUGGAAAUCCUGUAUCGAACCAGAUCCGCAGUCGCAGCAACCGUUCGUGGCAGAUGCGAUCAUCGCAAAUCCUCCCAGUUUUGCACACAUCCAUUGUGCACAGGCUCUGGGCGUUCCACUGCACUUGAUGUUUACUAUGCCGUGGAGUAGCACAAAGGCUUUCCCGCAUCCGUUGGCGAAUUUCAAGGUCGGAGAGAUCGACCCAACUCUCAUCAACCACGCGUCGUAUGGAAUCGUUGAAUGGCUCACAUGGCAAGGGUUGGGCGAUGUUAUCAACAAAUGGAGGAAUUCUAUUGAUUUAGAGGCCGUGCCUACCUCAGUUGGGCCUGUUCUUGCAGAAGCGCUGAAGGUACCUUUGACAUACUGCUGGUCUCCGGCGCUCGUUCCAAAGCCAUCAGAUUGGCCCUCUCAUAUCGUGCUAGAUGUAUGUGGAUUCUUUUUUCGCGACCCGCCCGCCUACAAUCCGCCCGCAGACAUCGAUGGAUUCCUCCAUACUGGAAAGCAGACUGUUUACAUUGGCUUCGGCAGCAUUGUGAUCGAAGAACCGGCAAAGAUGACCUCAUUGAUUCUCGAAGCUGUUCGCUCGUGUGGAGUUCGAGCAAUCAUCUCGAGGGGCUGGAGUAACCUCGGCGAAGGCCUCCCUUCCCAAAUUGAAGAUGUGUUGUUCAUCGACGAUUGCCCACAUGAGUGGUUGUUUCAGCAUGUCGACGCUGUCGUCCAUCACGGCGGUGCAGGAACGUCUGCGUGUGGGUUACGGAACGCCUGUCCGACCGUUAUUAUUCCGUUUUUUGGCGAUCAGCAAUUUUGGGGCAAUAUGAUUGCGGCCGCCGGGGCAGGGCCGAAACCUAUACCGCACAAGUCAUUGACAGUUCAAAGCCUCUCCGAGGCCAUUUCGUUCUGUCUGGCACCUGAGGCGACCACUGCGGCUCAGAUGAUUUGUUCGCAAAUGGCAACAGAGCACGGCGUCGACGCAGCGGUUCGAUCGUUCCAUGCUAACCUUCCAUUGGAGUCGAUACACUGUGACAUCAUGCCCGAUCUUCCGGCAUCGUGGAUGUACAAGAAAUCUCCUAUCAAGCUAUCAAAGCUUGCAGGACAGAUCCUAGUUGAAAAUGGCAUCAUUGGUCCAAGCGACCUGAGCAGCCACGAAACGUAUUCUACGUCCAUCCAGAACAACCGCUGGGAUCCAAUCACGAGCACCAGUUCGGCAUCGGUGUCUGUUGUGUCAAACAUGACAAACGCAACGACGGGCAUGUUUCUCGACCCGUAUGUUGAGCUGAAACGCUCGUCCUCGGAAAAUUCAAAGUCAACAGUGGUUGCUGGAAAGAUGGCUGCUGCUACGGCUAAAGGGUUCGGUAAAUUCAAUAAGGCUUUUUUCAAAGGAACCAUAGUCGAUAUUCCAUUCGCGGCAGCAGAAGGCUUCCGCGCGAUUCCAAAGCUUUACGGUGAAGAAGUCCAGAACCAUGGCGAGGUGAAGGACUGGAGCAGCGGUUUUGAGGUUGCGGGGAAGAACUUUGCACACGGUAUGGUUGACGGAGUCUCCGAUCUCUUCAAACGACCAUAUCAAGACGCAAAAGAGGAAGGCGUUUUGGGUUUCGUGAAGGGGGUCGGGAAGGGCACAGUAGGGUUCGCGACGAAGACCACAUCUGCGGCGAUCGGGAUAGUGGCGUACCCAGGCGAGGGUAUUUGCAAGAGUAUUCGACACGCGGCGAAAUCGCAGACGCGGAAGAAGAUUAAGAUGCGAAGGAUGGCCGAGGGUCAAUAUCUGGCCGAAAACUUUGGGCUGGACAAGGAGGUCAUAGGCGUGAUUAACGCAUUCAAAUUGUUAAGCGGAGGAGGGAUUUAGAGAACGAAUAAACACAUCUUUUGACGCAAGUUGACUAUACGAUGACGAGGACCUAUGAGAGUCGCUUACCCGCGAAGUCAGUUCCAUACCUUGUCCGUCGGGUAUCGUAGUCCUAUGACAGAUUGUCGCACAUAAGUCAAUGACAUCCUUGGACAUGUUUCAUCUCCGG